AGUCGGCCUUGUGGUCGAAAUGAUUGCGCCGCAUUCUAGUAGACGCAAGGUCGCCGGUUCGAUUCCGGCCUCGGACAUGGGUGUUAAAUGUGUGUGUGAGUCUGUAUUUGUCCAAUUUUAAACGCUAAUUAAAUAUUAAGAAAUAAGCUGGCUGAAUGUCGUAAUAGACAAGUGGCCAAAAAUAGAAAAAAAAAAAAUAAAAAAGAAGCUCCUAAUUUAACUAGAACUUAACCUUGACUUAUUUUUUAGGUUAUUAUUUUUUAAAGUAGAAAGUAAAAUACAUGUAGAAUAUUAUUAAAAUGAAAGUAAAAGUUAUUACUCGAUCCCCAGAUGAAUACCUAAGAGAAACUAAGAAUGAUAUACACAAGGUUUUUAGAAAUUACGACCCAUCGUUACAUCCAUUCGAGGCUCCUAGGGAAUAUACAAGAGCUCUAAACGCGGUUAAGUUAGAGAAAGUAUUUGCCAAACCUUUUCUUGGAAAUUUAGAUGGCCAUCGCGAUAGUGUGUCGUGUAUUGCUAAACAUCCUAAACAGUUAUCUGUUAUUAUAAGUGGCGCAUAUGAUGGAGAAGUAAAAUUAUGGGAUAUACCUCGAAAGUUAUGCACUAGGGAAUUUGUGGCUCAUAAUGGAGUUGUUAGAGGGCUGGUGUACACUCCCAAAGGAGAACACUUUAUAUCAGUUGGCGAUGACAAGAUAAUUAAAACAUGGAAGUCGUUAAUACCUCAGUUCGGUGAAGAGGAAGAACCUGUAAACACAAUUCUUAGUAAAACAGUUGUAACAGGGAUUAGUCAUCACAGGAAAAGCAAUAUUUUCGCUACUUCUGGAGAAGUUGUACAAGUAUGGGAAGAGUCUAGAAAUGAGCCCAUUAAAUCUUAUGAGUGGGGUGUUGACACUUUGCAUGAUAUUGCCUUUAAUAUGGUUGAAACUAAUGUUUUAGCUGCUUGUGCUAGUGAUAGAAGUAUAAUUCUAUAUGAUAUACGUGAUAAUGGUCCCCUUAGGAAAGUUAUAAUGAAGCUAAGAAGUAAUAAAGUGGCAUGGAAUCCUAUGGAGGCCUUUACUUUCACUUGUGCAAAUGAGGAUUAUAAUUUAUAUACUUUUGAUACACGUAAUCUUAAAAAACCAGUAAAUGUUCAUAUGGAUCAUGUGGAAGCGGUUACCUGUCUGGAGUAUGCACCUACUGGAAAAGAAUUUGUUUCCGGCAGUUACGACAAGACAAUUAGGAUUUUUGAAAUGGGUCAUGGCCACUCUAGAGAAAUAUAUCAUACCAAGAGAAUGCAGAGAAUAACAAGUGUUCAUUGGACAUUGGAUAACAAAUUUAUCAUUAGUGGAUCUGAUGAAAUGAACAUUAGAAUUUGGAAAGCAAGGGCAUCUGAAAAAUUGGGACCAUUGAGGCCUCGUGAGAAAACUGCUUUGCGCUACAGUGAAGCUUUGAAGGAGAAGUUUGCAAAUCAUCCACAAGUAAAGAGAAUCAGUCGGCAUAGACAUGUACCAAAACACAUUUACAAUGCUCAGAGAGAACUUAGAACAAUUAAAGAUAAACAAAAGCGCAAGGAAAGUAAUAAAAGAAAACAUUCGAAACGCGGCGAAGUACCAUAUGUCCCUGAGAGGGAGAAGCACGUUAUUAAAGAAGUCCAGUGAUUUUUGUGUUGGAAUGAUUAAUUUGUUCUAAUAAAUAUAUAUUUAACCUUA